CCCUCUGAUUAAACAUAAUAGGACUCGGACUUGCUUUGCCUUUCUUUUUGGCCCUUUAGUGCCUCUUCAGCCACUGACUCUCGGGUUUUGGAUCUUCUGGCUACAGAGAGGGGACACACAAUGUUAACUUUGGUUGUGUUCUUGCUUUGUGCAGCCUCCUCUGUCUCAGCUUCUGCCAAAGGUGCUGCUGGACCCCGACUCAACAACAACCAGCUGCACAAAUUCAGCUACACCACCGAGGUGCUGGUGGACAGGAGCAGGGGGUCAAAAGAGGGCAGUGCUGGCUACAGGAUCUCAAGUGAUGUGGACGUCAAUCUGGUGUGGAGAGAUCCCAGCAGCAAAGACGACCAACUGAUUCAACUGGCGAUCUCAAAUGUGAGGAUCGAACCAGCGUCGAGUCGACCCGAGAAGAAGAAUGUCCUCCAUGGAUCCACUACAGAGAGCAUUUUGGGAAAGACCAAACUAGCAGCUCUGACCAAACCUUUCUUGUUGCAUCUGAAAAAUGGGAAGGCAAAAGCAUUUUACUCCUACUGGGCUGAACCUGCAACCAUCAAGAACCUAAAGAGAGGGGUGGCCAGCUUACUGCAAGUGCAGCUCAACACUGGGAAGGUUAUAGAGAAUGACGUGUCUGGAAGGUGCACAGUCGUGUACAAGGCAGAAAAAGGUCACGUGACGAGAACUAAGCUCCUGGAGACGUGUAAGACUGCGGACACCGGAUUCACCACACACAGUCAGGUGUUGGGUGUGAGCAAGAAGUCUAGUUCUGUUACAACGUUCAAACUUGAAGAUGGUUUCAUCCACUCUGCCAUGGCUGAAGAAAUGCACUCACUGGCGAUUCACGCCCGCAGAUCUGCUGCAGCUAAAGUUGUGUCCAGGCAAACCCUCACAUUAGUUAGGAAAGAGGCCGGACCACUGGAGGCUGCUGGGAAAGAUGUGUCUGGGGUUGUCAAGUCAAUCGAUGCCAAACUAGCAGCUGUUGGUAUCAUUGCAGAGAAGGUCAAAACUCAGUGCAAGGGCUGUCCAUCACUUUUUGAACACUGGCAGACUCAACAGAAGCAGCUGGAGCCAGCGAGCCUGUCCAAAGCCACGGCUCCUCGCAGCUUCCUGGCACUCAUUCAGAGCAUUAGGAAGGCGUCCAAGGACGAGAUCCUCAAAGUGCUGAAGAGCGCCAGCAAGACAUCUCUACCUCAGGUGGUGGAUGCUGUGACCUCCGCUCAGACCACUGCAUCUCUGGAUGCCAUGCUGCAGUUCCUCAACUUCACCGAUGCCAAAGGUUUGGUCCUGCAGGAGAGGUUUCUCUACGCGUGUGGUUUUGCCUCACAUCCCGACGAAAAAAUGCUCAAGGCUUUGCUGGACAUUUCAAAGGGAAAGAUCGGCAGCGCAGACAUCAAGGAGUCAGUGGUGAUCAUAAUGGGAGCCUUGGUCCAUAAACUGUGUCAGAAAGGAGGGUGCAACUUACCGACAGUGGUGCAGGUGAAGAAGCUGAUUUUGGACGGUCCUGACAGCACACAGGUGGAGUCGGAGGUCCAGAUGUAUCUCCUGGCUUUGAAGAACUCUCUGCUUCCGGAGGCCAUCCCUAUCUUCACCAAAUAUGCAGAGUCAGAGGUGGGAGCUUACAGCACCAUCGCCCUCACUGCCCUGCAGAGAUACGACGUCAAUCUCAUGACUGAUGAGGUGAAGCGGACAGUGAACAGGGUUUACCACCAGAAUCGACGGAUCUAUGAGAAAAAUGUGAGAGCCGCUGCUGCCGACGUUAUCCUCAGUAGCAACCCGUCAUACACAGAGGUCAAGAAUCUGCUUCUGUCUGUUGGAAACCUGCCUCAUGAAAUGAACAAGUACAUGCUGUCCAAGAUCCAGGACAUCCUGCAUUUCCAGAUGCCUGCCAGCAAAGUUUUACGUCAUGCUAUGAAAGACAUGGUUUCCCAUAACUACGACCGUUUUUCUAAAGUUGGGUCAUCGUCUGCGUACUCAGGAUUCAUGGCACAAUCUGCGGAUGUGACCUCCACAUACAGUUUGGACAUCCUGUACUCAGGUUCAGGGAUCCUGAGGAGAAGCAACAUGAAUAUUUAUGGUGCUAGUAAAGGAGCAAUGCUACAUGGACUUCAGGUGGCGAUUGAGGCCCAGGGUCUGGAGUCUCUGAUUGCUGCCACGCCCGAUGAGGGAGAGGAGGAUCUGGAGUCGUUUGCAGGGAUGUCAGCUCUGCUGUUCGACGUUCAGCUGCGGCCCGUCACCUUCUUCAAGGGUUACAGUGACCUCAUGUCCAAAAUGUUCUCCAUGACCGGGGAGCCCAUGAAUGUUGUGAAGGGUCUCAUCCUGCUGACUGAUCAUUCUGAGGUGAUCACGCUGCAGUCCGGUCUUAAGGUGAGCGCAGAGUUCCAAGGUGGAUUAGCCAUUGACAUUUCUGGAGGCAUGGAGAUCAGUCUGUGGUACAGGGAGUCCAAGACCAGCGUCAACAACAGGGGAGCAUUAGUGGUGACUGGCAAUGUUACAGUGGACAUGGACUUUAUGAGAACGGGUGUGGAGGUCAGCUUUGAAACAGAGGCGUCCCUGGACUUCAUCACCACUGUCCAGUUUUCUGAAUAUCCCUUCCUGGUGUGCAUGCAGAUGGACAAAUCUACUUUCCCUGUCAGUGAAUACCUGACCAGGUAUGAGAGCGUGUCAUCAGGAAAGAGCAUUAUGUCGCGUAAGAGCAAGAAACAGCUUGUCCCCGGCUCUGAAUUCCCUCUUCACCAGGAGAACUCAAACAUGUGCAAAAAGGUUUUUGACUCCAGUUGGUAGACGAGACACCAUGAACUAUCCAGGAGCAAAUAUUUUCACUGAAAGAGGGUUUAUUGCAUUCAGGGACCGCUAUCACACCUCAGCCUCAUGCAGUGAAAGUAUGCAUGAAAGUAAAGUGGUGAAUAGUUGUUUUUUUUUAAAAAACACAAUGCAAUGUUUACAUUCCUGCGAGUAUUUGAGUCAUUUUUAAUUUGACAUUUUGUUUGAAAUCAGGAAUUCUUGCAUUGUCUUUUUUUUUUUUUUUACAGAUUUCCUCAAAUGUAUUUAUGAUGGGCACACACAGGAUGUAUAUUUUAUUUGAUGGGUACUCGGCAUGAAUUAUCACUGUAAUAAUCCCAACAGUUACAGUCAAGAUGUACUUGUAAAUAUCACACUGGAAACAGUGGAUUAACCCUCCCCCAUGAAUAGAUACGCUCCUUUCUGUCAUAUUCCUUUGUUUUUUAAUUAAAUGUGUUUACGAAGGAGAACUAAUGUAUUGUUUUAUGCCACACUUGAAAUAACUUAUUUAGCAGAGAAAUGGAAUGAAUUGAUAUUAUUCAUAAUCACGUUGGUGAUUUUGAAUUGUUCCUUCAGAGAUGAUUCAUCGUCUUUACUUUGUACUUCCCAGAUUUAAGGCAAAAAUCAGAUCUCCACAAGUCAAUAUCAACACUUGAAUAUAUUUUUUGUACUUAGAUGUAAUUGGUCUGUUUGUCUAAACAUUUUGGUAGUUUUACGACUUUUGAGCUACUCACUACUUUGUGUUUCCAUAUUUAGGGAUCAGUUUGUUAAUGUAUAACUGGCUGACAAUAAAU